AUGGAGGAAUCAAUUUGCUCGAACGAAUUUUGGAAAUGUGAAAAUGGCUCCGACAAUGAAGUCAAAAUGAUAAAAGGUGCUAAAAAAAAAAAACACGCUGAAGACACGACAAAUUUAAAUGGUCAAUGGAAAUAUAUGGAUGGGUUCACAAAACAUUUACAUAGAAACAAUAAAGGUGAUCAGAUGAAAAAUAAUGCAAUCGGUGAGGAAUACGAGAUUGGGAAAGGGGAAUCUUCCAAAUUGAAAAAUAGAAUGAAUGGAAAGAAUGGAGAACAAAGAACCCUUUAUCAUAGGGCAAGUUUAUACAAGAGACGAACCCUUUAUGAGAGGCCCACUCUUUAUGAGAAACCAUCUCUUUCUGAUGGACAAACACACGGGGGAAAAAUCCAUCCCAAUAAUUCCCCAUGUCAAGGAAUAAAGGACAGAAAUGAAAUAUCUAAAUUGUGUGAAGUGAAAGAAAUUUCACAACUAGGUGAAAACAGAAAAAAAGCGUUAAAAAAUUUUAAUGAAUUAUAUGCUGCUAAAGGAUGUAGCAUAACAAAAUCUUUAAUUGAAAUAUUUAACAUAAAUCCAGAAGACGAAAUUAUUUUGUUUAUUACACAAAAAUAUUUACAUAUAUAUGGGCUAUGCGUUCCUUGCUAUAAAUUUAGUAGAAGCACCAAUUCAUGUACACAUAAAAUUAAAUGUAAAUGGUGUCAUCAUUAUACUCAUAUAAAUAAGAAUUCUUCAUUACAUCCAUGUAAAAUGUUACAUCUAAAAAAUAAAUGUAAAGUGUGUACACAUUUAGCAAAAAAUGGGUUCUGUCCACAUCUAAAUCAAUGUCAAUUUUGUCACGCCAUUGAUCACUUGUCAUCAAAAAUACGACAAAAAUAUUUUUUUAUUUUAUAUGAUUUAUAUGCAAAAAAAAAACAUGUAGAUAUCAUUUCCAAAGAACUUCUUUAUAAUCUCCAACAGGUAAAGAGUAAUAUUAGCGAUCGUCGUCUUUCUCCCAUUAUUUAUAAUGAACUCAUGCACACAUGUAACACUUUUCAGAUGGAAGGUAAUGUAAAAGAGGGUAGAAGUGUUUCUGAAAGGUCAAGAAACACAGUGGAAGAAACAUGUCAUGAGUGCAAUGAAGAAAACAAAAAACCAUGUAAAACUUAUUUCAUCCAUAGGAAUGACAGUUCCUUCUGCAGGAUAAACAAUAACAACUGCCAUGAUUGUCACAAUGAAAUUCACGAAAAAAAGAAUUCAAACAUGUACUUUAGAACAUAUCUGCAUGAUAGAAACAUGUGCCAAGUAUGUUUAUACAUAAAUGAGGAGAGUUGCCCUUGUGAUGAGCGUAGUAUUUAUUGCCACCAUACUGAUCAUAUAUCUUAUCAUAUCAAAAUGAAAAAUGCUCUAAGUGUAUGUGCAUCAUCUUUGCUUGGCGAAUUUUCGGAUGACAAACUGGUUACCCUUGAGAUGGUUCAUGGGGUAGCAUCAGUUGCUGCUGUGCCUUUCUUCAAAGCAGAUCCUGAUCCUACAUCGGGUAACCCUGAUCCUACAACUGAUAAUCACGAUCCUACAAUGGGUAACCCUGAUCCUACAAAUGAUAAUCACGAUCCUAUAGUCAAGGAUCCCACUUCCACCAAUGACACUUCAUACUCUUAUCGAACCACCUCAAGGAGAGAUCACAGAUGGAGUCAACCAAACCACAGCAGCAUGAGAAGGUAUAAGCAGUUAACAUAUGAUGAUCUCCUGAGAAGUGUAAGGAAAAGGAGCCCACAGAAGAACAAGGGAAGAAGUAUAUUCCAGAAUGAAUCUGCUAAAAGAUCUGCACACUCAAGUAGUCAUAGUGUAAAUAUAAAGAGAGGGAAAAGAAAAAUAGAGAAAAUUGAUCAUACAGAGAAUAAAAACAAUAGUGAAAGAAAAAUAAGAACACACAGAAGUUAUAAUACACAUUACGUAAACAGGUAUUAUAUGCAUCACUUAAAAAAUAAAUCAGUUGAUGAAAGUACAUUAUUGACUGACAAGAAAGAUGAAGAAGAAAGAAAUGAUCAGUUAAUUUUCAGGGAAUAUGGAAACGAACUUAUCAAUGUUGGCUCAAUUCAGAUAAAUGAAAAUAUAAAACAUAGUAGUAAAAGGAUUCUAAAACAGUAUAAUGAACCCAAUUUUUCAAAAAGAGGCACAGAAGAAAAUGUAGAUACAUAUUUUUCCUAUAAAGCAAAAAACAUCACGACAAAAUUUGUAACAUAUAAAGAUAACGAUUCAAAAUAUGUAAAUAAAAAUAGAAUUGCCAAUGAAUCAUACACGAAUUAUAAUCAUACCACUAGGAAUAACAGAGGAAGAGAGGAAUCAAGUGACAACAUGAAUUACAAUAAUGGAACAAAUGAAAAAAAAUCACUCAGUCCAAAUGAUCUUGAAAUGAGGAUACAACAGAACGGAUAUACCAUUAUUCAUAAAAACAAAAAUGAAGGCAAUUUCAGAGGAAGUAACGUCUCCACAAAUAUGGAUAAGUCUAUCAAUAAUGAGAAUGAAGUUAAUUACUUCGAAAAAUGUUCAUUUACAUCCACAAGUCAGAACAGCAAAAAAGUAAAUCCUUUGGAUUCUCAGGAAGAAAAAUUUUACAUGAAAGACAUAGAAAAUGUUACUAAAUUAUCUCUUAAUGAUGUUCAUAAUUUUUUUAGUUAUGGUAAUGGCCAUAGUGAUGAUGGUGAAGGAGGAGGAGUGCAAGAACAGGGGGAGAAGGACGUCAAAAUAGAAGAAUCAAAUAAAAAGGUAAAAAUUAUUCAAAAUGUGCCAAUACAUAAUGCAUAUCGAACGAGAAGCACCUUGGGGAACGAUAGGGUCAGGAGCAGAUCUUUUGAGAAGCACAGGAAUGGCCAUUUCGAUAGAUCUUUUGAGAAGCACAGGAAUGGCCAUUUCGACAGAUCUUUUGAGAAGCACAGGAAUGGUCAUUUCGACAGACCCUUUGAGAGGCACACAAUCUGGAACCUCAGCAGGAACAAGAUUAUGGAAAAAACGUGGAGAAAAACAAAAGUCAUAAGUGGUGAAUUAACGGGAUUAUAUUCACUAGAAGAACACAAUACAUACAAGUGCGUCCCGUGUUCGUUUUAUUUUUCAAGUGGAUGCAAUUACUCAAUCCAUUGUCGAAAUUGCCAUCAUGAAGAACAUCGAAAUUCUUCUAGUUCCAUGUGCUAUUACCAAAUGUUACACAGAACAAAGAGAUGUAAACCUUGUGUUGAUUAUUUUAAUGGCAUGUGUCAACAUAAUAAAAACAUGCACCCAAGAAAAAUGCAUGAAUGUGCAUAUUGCCACGAUCAAUCACACAAAGGACAAAUAAACAUAUUUGCAAAAUCGAGGAAGGAUCGAAAAGGAAACGGUUCCAAUAAAUUCACCAUGGAAUCGAAACAUCAAUUAAGUAGAUCAAGCCAAUUCACAAUGGAGUCGAAUCAUCAGUUAAGCAUUUCAAGCUUAUCCACGCUUGCAUCUGAACACAAAGAUCAUAGUAGUUAUGUGUGCAAUCUCUCCUUGGGCACAUACAAAAAAUUAAUUUCCAGGAAACGAGACAAGAGCGCUUUAUUAGACCGGUUCGACAGGGCACAUAACACAAGUGAACAACCGAUUAAGAAGAAUGUAUGUAACUCAAGAAACAGAGAAAGUAAAGAAAAUCCAAAGGAAAAACCAAAAACCACCCUUUCUUCAUCUCGCUCAGGAGGAGGGGUAUAUUCAAGUGAAUACAAUUCAACAUGGAGAAGACAGAAAGUCGAUUGGCAAGAAAAAAAAAAAACACACAAAGAUCAUGUGAGAAUAUCAACAGAGCACAAGGAAAAUGAUCAUACUGAUUCUUUGAUUAAAGAUAUAACUUUUGAGAAAAAAUGUAAAAAUGAUAGUACUUAUGGAGAGGUGAGGACCGAUAGGAAAUACAUGCAUCCUCAUGGGAUGAGAGAAGUGAGAAACACUCCUUCCAGUGACAAACAAUUACUUCUGGAUCACAGCGUGAACCACAGUCGGAACCAUAUCAAUGUUAGAAGUGGCAGUAGAAGUGGCAGUAGAAGUGGCAGCAGAAGUGGCAGCAGAAGUGGAAAUAGAAGUGGCAGUAGAAGUGGCAGCAGAAGUGACAGUAGAAGUGACAGUAGACGUGGCAGCAGAAGUGACAGUAGACGUGACAGUAGACGUGGAAACCGACGAGGACACUUCAUGAAGUGGUUCCAGAGGCGCAACUCAUAUUUGCAUUUUAAGAGGAAUGCAGAAAAUGAAUUGGCUUCUAAUAGAGGUAGAAGAAAACAAUGGGAGAGACAAAAGCAAAAGAGUAACUGUGAUGAUAUCCAAUAUUCAGAUGAAUCAUCAAAAAGAGCAGGAAAUAACGAAAAAAAAAGAUACAACGAGUUGAGAAGAAGAUAUAAGCAUACAAAUGAAAGUACUAAAGAUUUACCCUUCUUUCGAAAUCAAUUGAGUCGACAUGAGAGAGGAGCUUGUCACCCAUGCGUAUAUUAUUUUGUUGGUUUUUAUGGAUGUUCAAAUGGUAAGAAAUGCUUAAAUUGUCACCAUGAAGAUCACAGGAACCCUCAUUCGUUAUUUCAUCCCUCGCGACUUUUACACGUUAAGAGUUUGUGUAUACCGUGUGAUAAUUAUUUUAAGGGAAAGUGCAACAGACCGAUGCAUACAUGUGUGUAUUGCCAUCAUGAUUCCCAUGCAAUUGGUGCAAAAUGGGGAAGAAUAGAUAAACAAAGGGAAGGGGAAGCAAAGGUUGGAGAAGUAAAAGAAGGAGAAGUAAAGGAUGGAGAAGUAAAAGAUGGAGAAGUACAAGAUGGAGAAGUACAAGAUGGAGAAGUAAAGGAUGGAAAAGUACAAGAUGGAGAAGUACAAGAUGGAGAAGUAAAAGAAGGAGAAGUAAAGGAUGGAGAAGUAAAAGAUGGAGAAGUAAAAGAUGGAGAAGUAAAGGAUGGAGAAGUAAAAGAUGGAGAAGUAAAUGGGGAGAAAGAAAAGAGGGAUGAGGCAAAGUCAGACCAAACAGAAGCAGAUCGCACAAAAGAAGAUCAAACAAAUCACACACACAAUGCAGAUGCACCCCACAGCCCAGAGGAAAAGAUGAAAAAAUUUAUCUACGUGAAACAAGUUGGGUACAGAGACAUAGAUGCACAUGAUAUGGGUGUGUGUCACCCGUGUACCUUCUUCUUCUCAGGAAAUAAUGGAUGUAUGAAAAGGGGUAGAAGAUGUCCAAAUUGUCACAACAAAGAUCAUGCAGAUAUUCACUCCUCUAGCCAUCCGUCCAAACUGCUACAUUACAAAGGAAUAUGUUACCCUUGCGUGGGAAACAUGAAAGGAACAUGCAGACGCAAUUCUUAUGAAUGUAUCUAUUGCCAUAAUGAGGAACAUCUCUCCGAAAAGUAG